ACGGAGGACAGCGCCGGCAGUGAGGAGGAGCUGCGGCAGCAUCCCACUCAGAGCGACACACCGGGGCGGCCGCACGGGAAUCACAGUCCAGGUAGCGACUGAAAAGUUACCGGGAGAAUUAUUUCCUUUGUUGGGGUAAUUUACUGCCGCGGAAGAUAGGAGCGGCAGAGUGGCUGAAAGUUUCCAUCCUGUGUAGCCUCAUGUUCCGGGGCAGCUAACGAGCUACUGCCGGGAUCCGAGCCUCUCGAGCGGGUAGAGCAGCGUGUUCUCCCCCGACGGUUUGUCCGUUAGUCACGGGGCGACUCCCGGGUUCGAUGGCUCCCUGCUGUUAGUUCGUGGGCCACAACGUUAUUUGUGUGUGGUUUUUUUGGCCGCACACCUUUUUCCACGUUUUUGUGUGUAUUUGUUUGAGUUUUGCCAUGUCAGCGUCAUCCUCCACACCCUCCGCCCCGGUGAGCGAUUUUUUAACCCCGGGUGCGGGGCCGAAGCCGCUCGCUCCCACCCCGAGCCAGAGCCGCUUCCAGGUGGACAUCGUCACGGAGGCAGCGGGCGCCGCGGAGGACAAGUCCCCGAGCUCCACCACCCUCCCAUCCUGCGACGCCGCCGCCGUCGCUCCUCCUCCUCCUCCUCCGGGGGGUCCGGAUGCGAAUCCCGGCGGCGGUGAGGAAGCCAAAGGCCGGUUUCGCGUCGUGAACUUCGCGGACCCGCGCGAAGCGGAGAGCGACGCGACCUCUCCGGAGGGCGAGGGGCUGCAGAACGGGGACACGGUGAUGAGCGAGAGCAGCUUGCACUCGUCCACGGGGGGCCAGCACCACUAUCACUACGACACGCACACGCACACCUACUACAUGAGGACUUUCGGCCACAACACCAUCGACGCGGUGCCCAACAUCGAUUUUUACCGGCAGACGGCAGCGCCUCUCGGGGACAAGCUCAUCAGACCCACCCUGUCGGAGCUGCACGACGAGCUGGACAAGGAGCCCUUUGAGGAUGGGUUUGCCAACGGGGACGAGCUCACCACGCCGGAGGAGGCCGCCGCGAAGGAAGCGGCCGACUCCAAAGGAGUGGUCAAGUUCGGCUGGGUCAAGGGGGUCCUGGUCCGCUGCAUGCUGAACAUUUGGGGCGUGAUGCUCUUCAUCCGCAUGUCAUGGAUUGUGGGUCAGGCUGGAAUCGCUCUGGCCUGUCUGAUCGUCGGCAUGGCCACCGUGGUGACGACCAUCACCGGCCUCUCCACGUCGGCCAUCGCCACCAACGGCUUCGUACGAGGAGGUGGAGCGUAUUACUUGAUUUCCAGGAGUCUGGGCCCAGAGUUCGGGGGUUCCAUCGGUCUGAUCUUUGCCUUUGCCAAUGCCGUGGCCGUGGCCAUGUAUGUGGUGGGCUUUGCCGAAACUGUCGUGGGACUUCUUGCCGGUGCAGACGCCCUCAUGACGGAUGAACUCAACGACGUCCGUAUCAUCGGCACCAUCACGGUGGUCCUCCUGCUGGGCAUCUCCUUGGCGGGGAUGGAAUGGGAGGCCAAGGCCCAGAUAUUCUUGCUCAUCGUCCUCAUCGCAGCCAUCAUCAACUACUUCAUCGGAACCUUCAUUCCUCUCAAGUCAAAGGAGCCGAUGGGCUACUUCGGCUACGACGGUGUGAUCAUGUGGGAGAACAUGGGCCCCGACUUCCGGGAGGAGACGUUCUUCUCCGUCUUCGCCAUCUUCUUCCCCGCCGCCACCGGUAUUCUGGCUGGAGCCAACAUUUCAGGAGACCUCGCUGACCCACAGCUGGCCAUCCCCAGAGGAACCCUGCUGGCCAUAUUGAUCACAGGAAUCGUCUACCUGGGCGUCGCCGUUUCCACAGGCUCCUGCAUCGUGAGGGACGCCAGCGGGAACCUGAACGACACGCUCAGCUCUCAGUUCAUGGCCAACUGCACCGACGCCGCUUGCAAAUUCGGCUAUGACUUCUCCGCCUGCAGGAGCGAGAAAGGCGGCUGCCCGUACGGCCUGCAGAACGACUUCAAUGUGAUGAGCAUGGUUUCUGGUUUCGGGCCAAUCAUCACCGCCGGAAUCUUCUCUGCCACUCUGUCCUCCGCGCUGGCCUCUUUAGUCAGCGCACCCAAAGUGUUCCAGGCGUUAUGUAAGGACAACAUCUACCCCGGCCUGGCCAUGUUCGCUAAAGGCUACGGCAAGAACAACGAGCCCCUCCGAGGAUACAUCCUGACCUUCGGCAUCGCCCUGGCCUUCAUCCUCAUCGCGCAGUUGAACGUAAUUGCCCCCAUCAUCUCCAACUUCUUCUUGGCGUCCUACGCCUUGAUCAACUUCUCUGUGUUCCACGCCUCACUGGCUAACUCACCAGGAUGGCGUCCCAGCUUCAAAUACUACAACAUGUGGGUGUCGCUGGCCGGAGCCAUCCUGUGCUGCGUGGUGAUGUUCGUCAUCAACUGGUGGGCGGCGCUCAUGACCAACGUCAUCGUCCUGGGGCUGUUCAUCUACGUCAGCUACAAGAAGCCAGAUGUGAACUGGGGCUCGUCCACCCAGGCGCUGACCUACCACCAGGCGCUGACCCACACGCUGCACCUGAGCGGCGUGGAGGACCACGUCAAGAACUUCAGGCCUCAGUGUUUGGUGAUGACCGGUUACCCAAACUCUCGUCCAGCUCUUCUGGAUUUGGUUAACUCCUUCACCAAGAACGUGGGCCUGAUGAUCUGUGGGCACAUCCGCACGGGCUACCGGAGGCCCAACUUCAAGGAGCUGUCCACGGACCAGGCCCGGUACCAGCGCUGGCUGCUGAAGAACGACACCAAGGCUUUCUACUCGCCGGUGUUCGCCGAGGACAUGAGGCAAGGGGCGCAGUACCUGCUCCAGGCGGCGGGCCUGGGCCGCCUCAAGCCCAACACCCUGGUGCUGGGCUUCAAGAACGACUGGAGGGACGGAGACAUGAUGAACGUGGAGACCUACAUCAGCAUGAUCCAUGAGUCCUUUGACUAUCAGUUCGGUGCCGUCAUCCUGCGGCUGAAGGAAGGACUAGACGUGUCUCACAUCCAGGGACAAGACGACCUGCUGUCCUCCCAGGAGAAGUCCUCCGGCAUGAAGGACGUGAUCGUCUCCAUCGACACGAGCAAAGACUCCGACGCCGACUCGUCCAAACCGUCGUCCAAAGCCACGAGUCAUCAGAACAGCCCCGCCAUGCAGAAAGAAGACGAAGAGAGGAAAGCCGCGACGCAGCCGCUGCUGAAGAAAGACAAGAAGAGCCCGACUGUCCCCCUCAACGUGUCCGACCAGAGGCUGCUGGAGGCCAGCCAGCAGUUCCAGAAGAAACAAGGGAAGGGCACCGUGGACGUGUGGUGGCUGUUCGACGACGGAGGUCUCACCCUGCUCAUCCCCUACCUGCUGACCAACAAGAAGAGGUGGAAGGACUGCAAGAUCCGCGUCUUCAUCGGAGGGAAGAUCAACCGGAUCGACCACGACCGCCGAGCGAUGGCCACUCUGCUGAGCAAGUUCCGGAUCGACUUCUCGGACAUCACCGUGCUGGGAGACAUCAACACGAAGCCCAAGAAGGAGCACGUGUCGGCCUUCGAGGAGAUGAUCGAGCCGUAUCGGCUGAAGGAAGACGACAUGGAGCAGGAGGCGGCCGAGAAGCUGAAGGACAGCGAGCCCUGGAGGAUCACCGACAACGAGCUGGAGCUCUACCGCGCCAAGACGAACCGCCAGAUCCGACUCAACGAGCUGCUGAAGGAGCACUCGAGCACCGCCAACCUCAUCGUCAUGAGUCUGCCGCUGGCCAGGAAGGGCGCCGUGUCCAGCGCCAUGUACAUGGCCUGGCUGGAGGUGUUGUCCAAGGACCUGCCGCCCAUCCUCCUGGUGCGCGGAAACCACCAGAGCGUCCUCACCUUCUACUCUUAAAACACACACACAGGGGGGAAAACAAGAGUUUUUAAAAGUCUCGCAUCCACUUCUGCCUCUGGAAGCACACACACACACACACACACACACACACACACACACAUACACACACACACACACACACACCUAAGGUGCACCACAUACACUCCAGAGACGGUAGAAGCCACUGAUGGAAACCAAUGCUGGUAACAUGAAUAAAGAUAAAGGAAGUGGAAUUGGUUGAGGUGUGUAAAAGCCCUUCAAGUGAUAGGGGGGGGGGGGGGGGCUAUGGGGGUCCACGGGGCCCCACUCUGCCCCUUUCUUUAAAUCUUGAUCUAUUCCAACAUGUCUGGGUUUUUUCUCUUGUAGCUUUAGUUUCUUCUAAUUGUCCUCAUGACGUAUGUUCCAUGUGUUGACUCAAAGCGGUCCUCAUACGGAGGUUCUGGCCGUCGUGUUGAUUGGACCGGGUCGGGUCGGGUCAUUUCUUUUUUUGCGACGCAGCAAUAAUCAAACUGUUCUCCUUUGGUGUUUCCGGGAGAGGCCCCGCCCCCUGAAGCCUUAUGAUGUGCCUUCCAGCUGAAUCCGACACAAACACUUCUAAUCUCUCCGGAUUGACGGAUGCGAGCUAAACUUAUUCUCUGAGUGGACACUAGUUCUGGUUUUAAUGUGAUUGCUAGUUGUAUUUAUGCGAGUGGACUGCAGGUUUAAUGAAGGCGGUCCACUCGGUUGCUUGAAGACUUUUUUGUCAUUUUUUCUUUCUUUCUUUCUCUUUUUACCCAGAUCAACGUGUUUCUCUUUCAGGCCACGCAUUUAUUUUAUUAGUCUUCACCUCCAGUCUUCCUUUUCUUUUAGAAAGCUGUUGAAUAUUCUCGGCUCGGCGGCGCAUGACGCAGUUUAUCCUUCAGGCGCCGCGCCUGAAAAAACCCGUUUUUAUUGGUCUUGAGUGUCAGAGCCGACGUGUGAACGGAGCCAGACUGACGAAGUCUUUUCUUCUAACGCGUGUUUGUGUGUUCGGUUCUUCCCCCGAGAAAGAAAGGAGUCCCACCUCGCCUUAAGGCCAGAGCGGUCCCCAGUCACCGCUUCCUGUCCCCUAUGAGCCAUACUGGCUGCACCGCUUCACUGGUUAUGCCUCAUCUUUACGUUCCACCUGCUGUCUGUUACAUGGCUUCCUGUGGUCAAACCGCGGUUACGUUACCCGGGUUAGCGCCCCGGCAGACCCGUUGCCGGUCUCUCCGGUUCCCCCGCGACAGCCUGUUGCCGGGCAGAGCGUCGCUCUGGAAGGCGUGAGUAGAGCGCCGUGUUCCUCUACGCAGCCCGCUGGUGUUAAUAAGUCGAUGUGAGCGGAUCUGCUGGCUCCGGUCGUCCCAAAUCUAAACGAGAUCCUGAAGUUACUCGUUGGGCUCGUUGACCGCGGCUCCAAACUUCAAAUCCCAAACUUUUGAUUUGUGCUCGUUCCAAAGAGUCUUCAGGAAAUGCAGAGCGACCGGGAAGGAACCCGACAGCCCGGCUGACAUUCAGGAGGAAACGGACACGGUCAUUAACAGCAACUGUAAUCUGGAUUAUUUCACUUUGUUUUGCCCUCCGUGGUGCGCACACACACACACACACACACACGUUCUAUACGAGUGUGGCCCUGCAACAUGAAUAAUUCCAUUUGAUUGUUUAACAGGAGUCGAUGGUAAGAGAGACGGCACAGCUCAUCACGAGCAAACUGGAACUCCUCCGUGGUAUGCUACUCUCUUUAGCUAACGGGAUGCUAAUGUCAUUAGCUAACGGGAGAGUAAACCUGGACCAGUUUAGGAGGAGAAGCUCCCUCACGGUUCUAAGUUAAACUGCCUCAUAACUAAUGGAAUAAAACAGGGUUCUUUGGGUUUCUAAUUAACUUUCCUCCCCCCCAGAACAGGCGGUUUUAUAGCAUCGAGCACGUCGCUCUCAUGUACUCUGUAUGCAAUUUCUAAAGUGCGUGAACACGAUGCUUUAGGUUAGCUGAAUGUACUGUAUAAUCGUAAACAUUCCCAUCCUGUAUAUUUCCCGUCGCCGUUAGCCUUCACGCUGCCGCAUCCUGUCAUCGCGCGGUGCUUCACCUUCACGUGUGUGUGACGGUCAGUAGUACGUAAACACGAACUAUAGGUCGUGCUCGCGUGUAUUGAAUACAUUCUGGAGUACUUUCCAGGUAAAAAGCAUGUCAAAGACGACCUGCUGGUGGUGGUCUAGCGUGCGAUAGCGCCCCCCAAAAACAUCCUCCCAGCUCCGUCGGGGUCUUUUGAUUGGGUACGGUCUGAACAUCGUCAAUUUACAUAAUAAUCUUUCCUAAAAGUGACCUGGCCUUCUGAAGGCGCAGCACUAAAUCCCCGGAGUGCCGCUCUUAAUUGGCAUCGGCAUUCCACUCACAAUUUGAUUGACGUUUCCCAACUUUCACUUCCUGUUGGUGCCUUUGGGGGGCGCUGUUGUGCACCAUGAGGAAGCCCCGCAGUGUGUCUUAAAAACUCCAUUCACUCUCUCUCUCUCCUUUUCUCUCUAUUUUACUGUUUCAUAGAAACAAUAUCACAAACAAGAACACGGGUUAUUCUAUAUUUGUACAUUACAGAAUCUAUAUAGCUGCCUCUAUAUAUAUAUUUAUCUAUAUAUAUAUAUACAAAUAGUUAGUCUGACCUGUCAACAAAAAGACUGUGUCCAGACUUGUACUCAUAUUGUCAGCCACCGUGUCGUCAUUUGAUCCCAUGUAUUUCCUGCCAAAGCCCCGCCUCCUCCCCCCCCCUCCGGUCCCCAUCUGUCCAGCCAUGACGGAUGACGCUGUAAACACUGCGAACACUAUAAAACUAACCUGUAAAUAAACUCUUCGUAGACUUAACGGCAUACAUUUAAGAAUGGAACAACUGUCGAAUUUCAAAAUGGAGAAAGAUAUUUAUUUUAGUUCAGGAUUUUCUCCACAUUCUUUUUCUUUGGUGUAUUUUUGGUUUUGGUUGUAAGUUAAUUUGCAUGUCGGUUCUUUUUUUUAAAUCGUUUUGUUGCCUUGUUGAUUAUAGCAAAUUGUCUUUUCUUCCUUUUUUUUAGUCUAUUUCUAUCUUUUCGAUGCCUUUUGAAGAAAAGACAUCACGUUAAAAAUAACCAAGCAGAUCAAACCUGUGUUCACACAGACGUGGAGGGAAUCCAGCAGCCGGUUGAAGCGGUAAUGUUUUAUACGCUGUCCUGUUAACGGUCACAGAUAUGCUUUUUUUUUUUUACAUUCAUGAUUACCAAUACUUUGUACAUCUUUAUUGCAAUAAAUCAAUCAAAUGAAA